CCUGCCCAGCGUCCGUCCAUGGAGGUGACCACCGUGUCCCCAUCUCCUGCCUCACCCACUGAAGGAGAUGAUCUGUGUGAGACAGAUGCCACCAGCGUGGCCAUACACAGUGUGACCCUGCUCAUCUGCCUCUGUGGGCUGGCUGGGAACGGGGCUGUGCUCUGGCUCCUUGGCUCCCGCUGUUUGUCCAGGAACAGCACCAUCCUUUACAUUCUCAUGCUGACUCUUCUGGACUUCCUCUUCCUCCUCAUUUUGUUGCCCUCCCCUCUGCUCUUCCUGCUGGGGAAUGUGUCCUGCUCUAUCAUCAUGCCCUUGCAGUAUGUGUGGUUUCUUGUCAGGGUGCCACUGGUGUCACACACCUUUUGUCUGUACACACUGACAUGCAUCAGCAUCCUGAGGUGCCGCUCCAUCCACUGCCCGCUCUGGCUCUGCUGCCGCCGUCCCCAACACCUGUCAUGGGUGGUGCUUGCCCUGCUCAUCACUUUCAUCACUGUCUUUGCCACCAUGAUUUCUCUGUGUUUUGUCCAGCUAUCUGAGCACUGCUGGGUGUCUCUCAUCUCUGUGCAUGCCUUCAACCUUCUCCUCUGUGCUCCCAUCGUGCUCAUUUCCAGCACAAUCUUCUUCAUUAAGGUCAAGCCUGGCUCCCAUCAGCAGCAACCCAAGAGACUCAACAUUGUUAUCUGCCUCAUUGUGCUCUUCACUCUGCCCCUCAGCCUCUGGAAUUUACUGCAGUACCUUGGCUACACCAUUGUGUCCUCCCAGGUUGUUUUCCUGCUCGCCUGCAUCCACAGCACCAUCAAACCCUUCAUCUACUUCCUGGUGGGGAGGUGCUGGAGGCCCUGCUCUGUGGGAUCCCUCCGGCUCUCCCUCCAGAGGGUCUUUGAGGAGACAGACACUGCCCACAGCCAUGAUCCCACCAUGGACACAGUGCUCUGAGCUUGUUGAAUCUUCCCGCUGCACUACUGAAGGACUCUGGGACUGUGGCUGAGGGACUGCUUAAUUCACCUGAUGAAUAAAUAUCUAAAGUGUCACCCUCCCUGUGCUGGUGCAUCACCCAACCCCUUUCCAAUGAGAGCAAUGGCGGAUUUGUCUUUACAAACAUGCUGUGGGUCUGCUGGUAGAUACAACUAGCACUGGGAGAUAAAAGAAACAAUGGGAAGAAUUCCGCUGAUUGAUGAAUGGAAGAAGAUAUUUCCAUUUACAAAGAAACUUUAGGUAUGCUGAUAAAUGAAAUUAGACAUCGAAAGGUGAAAGAAAGGAUGGGGAAGAAAUACCCCUAUAUUGUGUAAGAAUUAAAAAUUGAAAGGGUGGUUUAACAUUAGAGCGAAAUCUUUAGUAUCAGGUGUAUUAGGGAGUCUGUAUGUCUCAAGUACCUGAGCCAGUGGGGAAAGAGAGAAGGGAAAUGCGGCCAGGAAAUUAGAAUAAAAAGGGAGGCUGUGCCCUCCAAAAAUUUGAGAGAUCCCAGGGGAAUGCCUCAUAGCCUCUACCUUUACUCAAAUAAAGUCAAAGGACUCCUCAGUCUCCUGUUUGUACAUAAACCUCUGAUGUUUGUGGAUUAAUUUUCCUAAAAUCAGGCUGCACUGGGAUCUCAGAAAGGCUCCUUAGGCCUCAGCCUUGAGGAGCAGCCCCUGGGCUCAGCUCCUGUGGCGCUGAUCAGAAACACCCUCUGCUCCCAGCAACUGCUGCUGUCCAACCACCUCCUGGGCUGCUAUCAACAGCCUUGCAAAUUCUUGUACUGCCCUGGAUGCCACAGCAUCCCUGCUCUGCCACUGUCCCAGGAAGCUGCCGGCCCCAAGUGUGGCCAGGCUGAACCAUUGCUGUGAGUGGCGCCCAUGCCUUGGGGCCCUGUGAGCAGCGGCCCCAAAGGAGAGCCUUGGAGCUCUGCUGGGCCCAGCAGCGCUGAGCAGAAGCUCCCUGGCACUGGGGCCUCUCCCAGCUGGGAUCUCUCCCGGCUGCUGCCGUGGGCUGAUCCCCAAACGUCCACGGCUCCUGGGCCCAUCCCCCCAGGGCUCCAGGCCCAGCCCUUGGCCCAGGGAGGAGAUGCAAAGGGAUCCGCAGGGAGCAUUUCACUGCCUGCCAGGGCAAUUGCUCA